UGUCACAAAAACUCCAAACAAACCCCAAAAUUCUGAGCUCAUCGUUUGUUGUCCACCAGGAUCUGUUGUUGAAAUUGCUAAAUUACAGCUAGGAUGGCGGAAGCAAAUCCAGUAGCAGGAUCAGGAUCAGGAUCAGGAUCAGGAGGAGGAUCCAAAGAGGAGCCCGACAGCAGCUGGUGCCUCAUCGAGAGCGACCCGGGGGUCUUCACCGAACUGAUUCGGGGCUUCGGCUGCACGGGCGCCCAGGUGGAGGAGAUCUGGACCCUGGACGCCGACGCCUUCCACCACCUGGAGCCCAUCCACGGCCUGAUCUUCCUGUUCAAGUGGGUGCAGGACGACAAGCCCGCCGGUCGCGUGGUGCGCGAUCGGAGCGACAUCUUCUUCGCCCGCCAGGUGAUCCCGAAUGCCUGUGCCACGCAGGCCCUCCUCAGUCUCCUGCUGAACCUCCGCCACCCGGACGUCGAUCUGGGCGACACUCUGAACGGCUUCAAGCGCUUCUGCCAGGACCUGGACCCCGUGACCCGGGGCCUCUGCCUGAGCAACGAGGAGAAGAUCCGCCAAGUGCACAACUCCUUCGCCCGACCCGUGCUCUUCGAGCUGGACAUGCGGAUGGCUCCGCCGGACGAGGAUGUCUACCACUUCGUGGGCUACAUGCCCAUUAGGGGCCGUCUGUUCGAGCUGGACGGGCUGCACGAGGGUCCCAUCGAGCUGGCCGAGAUCGGCAGGGACCAGAACUGGCUGGACGUGGUGAGACCCAUCAUCGAGGCCCGCAUGCAGCGCUACAGCGUCGGGGAGAUCCACUUCAACCUGAUGGCCCUGGUCUCGGAUCGCCAGCGGAGCUACGAGCGGCAGAUCCAGCUGCUCGUCCACCAGCCGUCGCCGCUGAGCCACUCGGAGCGGCAGGCGGAGAUCGCCAGCCUCAGGACCUACGUGAGAUUCGAGCAGGACAAGAAGCGCCGCUACCGCCAGGAGAACCUCCGGCGGCGCCACAACUAUCUGCCCUUCAUCGUCGAGCUGCUGAAGCAGCUGGGCGAGACCGGCCAGCUGAUGCCCAUCUACGAGAAGGCCAAGCAGCGGGCCAUCCAGAGCCAGGUGUCCAGGUGCGCCGGCCUUAAGCUCAAGCAAGCCCAAGGACAGUGAUUUAAAUUUUGAUGUC